CGAACGGAGGUGGGCGGGAUGGAUAGGAUUUUGGGCCGCAGCAGCGACCGGCAUUGCUACGGCGACGAGAUUGCCACGCUACGCUCGCAAUGACCGGUGUCGGGUAGAUAAAUCGGAUAGAUAGAGGAGGUAUGAGCAUGGGAACAUGGAAAUGGCUUACGGCGGCGUUGGUCCUGGCAGUGGGCGUUGCGAUCCCGUUGGUCGGCAUGGCUCAACCGGCGUGGGCCUGCGGGGGAUUCUUCUGUCAGAACUCGCCCAUCGACCAGAACGCGGAA